UUGGGGACAGAAAACAUGGGACCUCAGGGACAAGACAAUGUGGGGUCAUGGGGUCAGGACAGGUGGGAGCCUGGGGACAGGGCUGACAGGAUCCCAGCGACACAUGGGACCCUGGGGACACGGCUCAGGGGACACCACAGCCACAGUGACCAUAAGCAUCAUGGGGUGGGGACGCAGGGGACAGAGGACCAGGUGGCGUUUCACCAUCACCCCGUCACCCCGCCCAGCUCCUCCCGCACAAUUACCGGGGUGGGUCUGUCCCCCUGCACCGCCCUGCUCUAUAAGUGCCACCGUCACCCGGUGCGGGGGACACAACCCAGAGGACACAGGACAGGAUCUCAGACGCUGACGGACUUGCAGGAGCCUGUUGGCAAACUGGGUGCAUCGGGGCGCGGGGAUCCCGCCACCCGCGUCACCUGUGUCACACACGUGGUCCCUUUGUGCAGGCUCCGCCAUGUCCCGCGUGCCCAGAGCUGCCACCAGGGGCUGCAUCAGGGACAAAGGUCCCCAGGGACAUCUGGGGCAGUCACAGCUUCUUAGGGACCCUCCUGGCAUCAUGGUGGGGACAGGGGACGCAGCAGAGUCUGUCAUCGACCCCGACAUGGUGGCCUUGUUCAAUGACUUCCUGGGGGAAGCAGUGCUUACAGGAUCCACCAUCGCCUCGACCGAGUCCCACGUGGUGGCCCAGCCCUACCACUAUGUGGUGAGGGACACGGAGCAGAAGGGACUUUGCCUCCAUGACGGCCACCUGGUGGCCACCAGCUUCCAGGGUACCAACGCUGCCCAGGAAGAACCCAUCAGCGUGGUGCCCAACCCCAGCCUGGAGCGUUGGCGUUGUCCCCUCAUCGUGGGCAUCCGUGGUGGCAAACAGGCCCUGUCAUGUGGCACUGGCCCUGAGCCCCAGCUCAAGCUGGAGGAGGUGGGGCUGCUGGACCUGUUCUCACGGCCGGCUGACGCCACCCCCUACACCUUCUACAAGACCUUUGGUGGCACCACACACACCUUCGAGUCGGCCGCCUUCCCCGGGCUGUUCCUCAGCACGUCCCCAGGCCCCGCGCUGGGCCUGGCUGCCCCCCCAGAUGUCACCGCCUUCUACCUGCUCCGCAAGUGACGGUGGCACCCAUGGUGGGGCGGUGUGGGGGUCCUCCCCACUGUCAGCCCCCCUGGGUGGGGAAAUAAAGAGUUGGUGUCA